UGGCAUAAAAGAAAGAUACCUCUUUACUGGUGAACUUUCUAUUGUUUGGUUAUCAGGUUGCCCGCUAUUUUGCCUGGAGGGCUUCCACUCUGUUGUUUUACAGGACAGACUGUGGCAAACUGGGCCUGGACCAGGACUCCUGCAUCAGCUGCUUUCUGCUGCUCGGACGUGAAAGCGAUGGAAAUUGAGCAUGCCCCCGUGGCCAUCGCCCUGGUCGUGAUAGCGGCGUCCGCCUUGCUGCUCCUGGCCAGAGGGGCAGGGCGGAGGAGGAAGGGCCCCCCCGUCACUUUGCAGGACCCGCACGCGAAAUACGCGCUGCCGCUGCUGGACAAGGAGGUGCCCGAGCGCCCGGCGCUGCCCCGCGCAGCCCUGCCGUGGCGCGAUGGGGGCGUCGGCCCCGCGCCAGCCGUUGGCCCGCGGCGGGGGGCGGAAAUUAGUCACGACACUAAGAAAUUCCGGUUUGGGCUACCUACACCAGAUAGUGUAUUAGGAUUGCCUGUAGGCCAACAUGUUUACCUUUCUGCAAAAAUCAAUGGUAAUCUGGUGAUCCGAGCAUAUACCCCAGUUUCCAGUGAUGAGACAAAAGGUUAUGUUGAUUUAAUUAUAAAGGUCUACUACAAAAAUGUGAAUCCCAAGUUCCCAGAAGGCGGGAAGAUGUCCCAGUACUUAGACAACAUGAAGAUUGGGGAUGUUAUUGACUUCAGAGGGCCAAACGGGCUCCUUGUCUAUAAAGGGGCAGGUACAUUUUUUAUCAAGCCUGAUAAGAAGUCUGAAGCACAGAAGAAGUUUGUAAAGCAUCUUGGGAUGAUAGCUGGAGGAACAGGAAUAACUCCUAUGUUGCAGCUGAUCCGUCAGAUCACAAAGGAUCCUAAGGACUCCACAAAAUGUUACCUUCUUUUUGCUAAUCAGACAGAAAAAGACAUACUACUGAGAGGUGAGCUGGAAGACAUCGCUAAGAUGCAUCCUGAUCAGUUCACAGUGUGGUAUACCCUGGACAGACCUCCACAAGAUUGGAAGUACAGUUCGGGCUUCAUCACUGCGGACAUGAUUAGAACCCACUUCCCUUCCCCUGGCAAUGAGACACUCAUUCUGAUGUGUGGGCCACCACCUAUGAUUCAGUUUGCGUGUCAGCCCAACCUGGACAAACUAGGCUAUCCCAAGAGCAGCACAUUUGCUUAUUAAUGCGAUGUCGUGUGCUACCUUUUCUUAAAUUUUCUUGAUCCCUUUUGGACUCUUCCUGUUUUCCGGAGACAGCGGAGAUUGGGGACCUGAAUCCGUGCCCGAAGAAAGAGGUGAAAGGUCUUCUGAAACUACUGUACCAUCCAUAGUCUCUGUUUCUCCUGGGUUAAGAACAAUAAUCACAUUUUAUAGUAACUGACAAAGUACAAAGUCAUUAAGUUAUCUAGGAAGCCAAUAUUUUAAUAUAAAACAACAAAAAAGUAAAGAUAGCUUUUAAAGUGUCCUUGUAUAAAAAAAAAAUCUUGCUCAGAAGGUGAAAAAAUAAUAACUGUACAGCUGAUAUAAAGAUGACAAUAAAAUAUUGGGUAAAAUA